UGGACAGUUUUCAAUACACAACCGGCUUAAUCGGAAAUCUAACACCAAACACGGGCCGUGGUUCCGAGUGACGAUUUGCAUUGUAAAUGUAAACUUAGAAGCUCUUUCUGCAUUGAAUACAGAGGAAACAUAUCCGUGACUCUUUAAGAAGUCAGUCUUGAUUGAAAGAAGAAGGAAUUAAACCAAUGAUUAAAGGGAAUUAACGAAGGGGAAAGAAAAUAUACGACUUGAUUAAGAUCGGAAGUUUAAACGAGCAGAGAGUGAAUUAAUCCCUCCUAUAGUUACGGAGCGGCACAAGCAGUAUAGACACUGCGCACAUUUUAUGGAAGAAAUCGGAACAAUUCAACGAUGUAAAUUGAUAUUCAAUUAAUGUGAUUGAGGAUAAUUAUACGAAAAUGACGUAGGCGAAUACGAGGUGAUUAUUCCACAUUUAGAUCUUAUUCCACGAUUGGACUUUUUCUUCUUGUGUGUUUAUGCCAUGAAAGUGUGAGACCAAGUCUUGUGGUUAGACCAGUGAAACAUGCGGCUCUUUCAGGCCCAAGUUUCGAUGGAGGACUUCGAGCCCCCGCCUCCGUUUCUCAAGGACCCAACCCGGGAUAACUUAAAACACAUCACUCAGUUUCGUGAUGGGAGACAUAGAGUGGCGACCCCCGAGAAAGUAGCCAUCAUGGAACUGUCCACCAGCUUUAAGAAGCGACGGUUAGGGAAGCAACAACAGAUACUGACGGAGAUGAACCAACGGUGUCGCGAACAGGAGGUGGCGGAUCUAUCGUCUAAACUGACUAACAAGUGUGUGUUAGAAUCGGAAAGGGGAACACUCGGGCGUUCUCGUGAAAUCACCUAUUACUCUACUACUUUUAUGAUGCAAAAACCGAAAAUAGGAACAGAGGAUGGGGAAUCCACGAUCAAGGCUGAAUCACCCGCGACCACCCCUCUUCCUUUUUUCGAGAAAACAUACAAACAUUUUCCCGCUAGGAAAAUUAUAAAACAUCAAGGGAAAUUUGAACUGGUUCCUAAGAACAGUAGAGGCUCACCGAUAAGGACCCCUCGAAUAGACCCCAGUCCCGUGAAGGCGCUGGUCUCCCAGGCUUUGAGUGACCCCUACCAGAAACUGAAACUGUUACAAUCUCAGCGGAUCAACGGACCUGUUCAGCUCAAUCACUAUAUUAACCCCAAACAGGACCAGUUAGCUCCCUUAGUUUUACCCAACAUUGACACUUCAGUGCAAGACAAAAUUGAUGCAUUUUGUACAUCCCGAGUUCAUCUCGGUACUAGGUCCAAGACAACGGGUGUUGAGAGUCAGAUGAACGGAACACUGAGUAGUAAACUAAGUCAAAAAUCUGUGAAGAGAAAUUCACCUCCUAAAGGUGUAUCCGACUCCCACAUGACGUCAGGAGAUCGAGCAGACGACAAUAUUGUGGGAGGAAAUACCCCACCCCCGAACUCCACGGAACCCCCAGUCGAGGUCCAAGCGAGCUAGAGUAUAUUUAUUUAUUAUUCUGACGUCCAAAUGAAUAAUUUGUAAAAGGUG